UGCAACUGACUUUAAUUAACGUAAAUUAUUUAUACUUAACAUUUUUAAAUAAUAAAAUUAACUGACGGAUUGAUCCAUAUAUUAUGGAAAAUUUUAGUUUUUAGUAAUAUUUCUGAAAAACACAAUGAUAUUUAUGCAUGUAAAUAAAUAAAUACGAUGUACUAACAUUAUUAACUAAUAUUUCGUUCAUGUUUAUUUCAAAAGUUCUUGUUAACAAUUGAAGACUAGCAAAUUCAAGAAUAUCACUACCACAGAAACUCAAGCAGAAAGAUAUGCCUGCCAACGUGAAGCUAGGAGUUCUCGUGUACAUUUUUUGUGUGUUAGCGUUCUGCAGCGCAUCAAACAAUGAAACAACAAACAGCUCAGUUGAACUCGCUCAUUCCACUCCGACCAUACAAACCACCGUUCCAAUUCCAAUUCCAAAGAAUGCACUCUGUGAAAACGCAACCGGAUCAAUUCAUAAAUGUUUCGAUGACUUUGCGACAUAUUACAAACUCAAUGUUUCUUACGUUGACAGUUCCAUGGUGAAUCACCUUAUUUCAAGUUAUUGCAACGAGAGCGUGGCAUACGACUGCCUCUACGAAGAAACGCUGAACAAGUCUGCCUGUUCAACAGUGGCCAACUUAGCACAGGCCAACAAGACGUUCAACUACGCAUUCAGAUGUUCAUCAGAUGGACUUAAAAUUAUGCAAGUUUCAACUCGCAACUGCUCAGCCAAUGUUUUGGAGCACUAUACGUACACGAAUGUCCUCCUUUGUGGAUUAACAAGUUCAUUAACUUGUAAGAAUCGAACUGCAGGUGGAAUGCUUGCCUCUUUUGAAGUUUUAAAGCCGCUUAAUGAUAAAUGCUUCCCAACAACUACCCCCAAAGACAUCCCACUCCUACCAAAUCCAGUUUCUCCAGAGGGCAUCACGGCCAUCGUAGUCAUCGUAUGCCUAACAAUAAUUGUUAUACUAGCUGGAUUUUUCUUCUGGCCGAAAUGUCACAACCCGAAAGCAGGAUGGUUCCCAAAGAAGAAAUCCAAAUAUUCACCUGACGUAAAAACAGUUGCAUAUCCCAAUAUCGCCGUAGGAACUGCACCUGGAAACUCCAAGGCAUAAAAAUUUAAAAGAUAUACCUAUUUAUUUUAUAACACCAACAUUAAAAUUAAUAUUUAUGUUUGUAACAAUGAGAUGCUAAUUUGCAUGAAAUUUCAACUAUUUAUUUGAUUUAAAUCAACUCAAUUGAAGGGAUAUUAUUAUUAUUAUUAUUAUUUGUUCUUUUUUAACGGCAUGGCACGGCAUGAUGGUGCCGGCUAUGGUGUGCCCAACUGGAAGGCCUAUUGGUAGAGUGCUCAAUAAUGGUAUUUGACAAUAUAUUUUAUUGAUUUAAAACACAUUUACUGUUUUAAAACUAAUAGUUAUUUUAAAUUUGAAAGCACUUAAGUGAAAUAACGCUUGGAAAAUAUUUUUUGUAAAUACAUGUUCCCAUUACUGCCAUAUUUCUUCAAUGUUAAUUAAUGAACGAAUAUUAAAUUGUAUACAAACUUUAGCAAAAAGUAAUAAAUAAUAGAACAGAUACAAAAAUAAAAAAAAAUUUUAAUACGACUGAUGAUGCACAGAAUUCUUCGCUUUGCUAUUUUUUUGUAAAAUUUUAAAUAAGGCCAACGUUACACAAAUAAAUCCUUAAACAUCAUGUGCAAAUUUUAAAA